AUGGCCAGAGAGUACGAAGACGAGCUGGAGUUCUUCUCUUUUCUUCCAACGGACUUUCACAUAGAGCUCUACCAGGGAAUGAGCAGGGCCCUUGUGUCAUCUCUAGGCAGCACAGGCGACAUAAGAGGAAGAAUAGAUAAGAUAGAAACAGCCCUGCAGAAAAACAUGCUGAUUUUUGAAAGAUUUACGCUCCGAAACAUAUUCACAUUCCCAGACGACUUUGUGUACGGAAGAAAAGCAACAAAUACUCCUCCGCCAACGCCUGAACAUUUGAAGGAGAGAAUACUGGACCUAACUCUUAAGAAAACAGAGCUAUCUGCAGCACAGGAACUCCUCCUGCAGAAAGAGGCAAUGCACCAUGAAUUAUCGCAGAAGUUCAAAAGCAUUCAGGGCAUACCUGAUCUAUCACCAAUUAUUGAUGGAGUAACAGAGCUAAACCAUCUGAUGCGAGAGACAAGAGAGAUAAAAAACAAGUACAUACAGGGACAGCCCAAGCACAGACCAGCGAAGAAAGAGCUGGAGGAUGAAAUAAGGAAAAACGAGUGUGAUGAUCUGGAGAGAAGAAUACCCAUAGCCAUUCUGUCAUCGCUAGAAAAGUCUUUAUAA